UAGUGAAAGAUGAAGGACGAAAUACCCAACGCCAUUUCAUGGAUAUGGUGACGUGGUGUCCGUGGCCUCUUCUCAUUGCAAUCUUCCAGUGUACGGUGUUCCUUCUCACCUACUCACCGUUCAGAAUCAAGAACCGGCGGCCCAUUCCCGGCGGAAAAGUACCGAUUACCGCACUACAACACGUGACCUCUCUGAGUACGGGAAGCUAUUUAUACCCCCCCGGUGUCCGUCGCGCCACUCUCACUCCCCACCCGCCACAGCCGCGCAACUCUCUUCGUCGUCGCCUUCGGACGAUCCGAUAAGUGAUAACCACGAGACCAAACCCUAGCACGGGUUCAAAGAUCUCGCCGCCAUCCAUUCCCUUCUCUCCCGCGUCGCUCGCGCGACAGGAUUCGAUCCAAGGUCGGUCUUGUCUCCCAUCCUCGUGAACUCCUCUUUCCCCCCAUUUGUUCACUUUUUUUUUUUUUUCAAGAUCUGGGCGAGCUCUACGCUGUCGUGUUAUUCUGAAUAUGUUCCUGCUUUCUUUCUUUUUUGUUUUGUUCUUCCAAUUUCAGCUCCGGACUGGUUGAAUUUUUUAAGUUCUUACGCACAUUGCGCUGAUUAAAGAAAUGUAUAUAGCCAAUUUUUGACCCCCUUUUUUCAUUUUUUUUAAUCGUCGAGAAACUGCAGUAUUGAUUGAUUUUAGUGAUUUUGCUGCAAUUUUUUCCUUGUUUUUGGUGGGAUUGAAUUGGAAUGGAUGAGACUGCUGGCGAGGGGGAAGAUUUGAAGUCUUUGCAGAAUUCAAGCAGCGGUGGUGAUGUUGGAAUUAGGUAUAAGAAGAAAUCUUUGGCGCCCUGGAGAUUCCAAGAAGGUUUUCUCCGUUCCUCCUCCAAAGGUCUUCUCAACUUGAAUAAGGAGGACUCAAGAAAAUUGGAAGAGGAAAAGGAGAAGUAUUCUGGAAAGGGGUCAUGCAAUUCUUUGGAGGAGAAAGAGAAGGCAAGCAAAUUUAUAGAGGAAAAAGAGAAGUAUUCUGAAAAGGAGUCAUAUAAUUCUUUGGAGGAGAAGGAGAAGGGUUCUGGAGAAAAGGAGAAUCGGAAAGCUCUGGAUAAUCUCAAGAACGGUGGUGAUGCCAAAGUUAUGGGCAAACGACACAAGCAAUUGGCCCCGUGGAGAUUUCAGAUUGGUUAUGUCCGAUCCGCUUCCAAAACCCUAGAUUGGAGAAAGAAAGUCUUGGACAAAUCAUCGGAAGAGUCUUUCCGUUUUGGUGGGGAGGAAUCAGUUGAAUCUGUGAAAAGCAUGAAUCAUGGGCCUCAAGAAUCUUCGGAGGAACCACUCAAAUCAGUGGAGAUGGUGAGUGAUUCGACCAAGAAAGAAUCUGCUCCAAAGAUGUACCCUUCUGGCAUAAGAAAUUCAGCAGACUGGUAUCCUAUUACUACUUUUAAGAAAGAUGCCACAAAUGGUAGCAAGAAGGACACCAAUAGGACUGAGGAAAUAGUUCAAAAGGGAGUAGCAGUGAUCCAAACUACAAAUGGAAAAGAUGUGAAAGGAAUUGAGAUUUUGACAAAGAAAAGAAAAUUGGAGGGACCCCACCAAGUGAAUAAACUAAUGGAGACUAAUGAAAAAGAGUCUUCUUGGCACAUUGAACAGGAUGGAAGCUCCCAUGUUUAUCAAGCAGCAUGGCAGUCGAACAUGGCAAUCAAUGACCUCUUGGAAAAUAUCGCUGCUCGUUGCAAGGUCAUGGAGACCUUACAUCAGUUUCGUACCAUAUUUAGAAAGGUAUUCGAGGAAGAGGAAUCAAAGUCAAAGGAAGCUGAUCAGGGUGUUCGUGCUGAUCUUACUGCUUUUAAGCUCUUCAGGGAGAAAUAUGGGCUGGGUGAUGGUAGGAAGUAUCUGGGAAGUGUGCCAGGAGUUGAAGUUGGCGAUGAGUUUCAUCUGAGGGUGGAGCUCUGUAUUGUUGGCCUUCACCGUCAACACCAGGCUGGUAUCGAUUUUGUUAACCAAGGCAAAACAAAUUUAGCUAUUAGUAUCGUUUCUUCUGGUCGUUAUUCUGAUGUCAAGGACAAAUCUGAUGUCUUGAUAUAUUCUGGUUCUGGAAUUCCUCAUAAAGAUCAGACGCUUGACCGUGGAAAUCUGGCACUGAAAAAUAGUAUGGAAACCAAAACACCUGUACGAGUUAUUUAUGGUUUUGUUUGCUACCAAUCCAGUGAUUCCCCAGAAGCUAGGGCCAAGCAAAAGAAAGUACCAAUUUAUAUUUAUGACGGACUGUAUUUGGUUGAGAGGUAUUGGAGGACAAAAGGGAGCGGUGGUCACUAUGUUUUUAUGUUUCAGUUGAGAAGAAUGGCAGGGCAACCCAAACUUGAGAUUGCUGAAAUUAUGAAGUCAAAAAGCUCACAACCAGGUUUUAAUCUCUAUAUAGGAGAUAUAUCUCAAGGAAAAGAGAAACUACCCAUUUCUGCAGUGAAUGCUAUUGACACUGAGUAUCCGAUGCCAUUCAAAUACAUUGCAAAUUUGAUCUAUCCUUUUAGACACCACCCACCUCCUCCAAGCGGUUGUGAUUGCAUUGAUGGAUGCUCUGAUUCCGACAAGUGUGCCUGUGCUGUUAAAAAUGGAGGGGAGAUUCCAUUCAAUCAUAAUGGUGCUAUUAUAGAAGCAAAACCUCUCGUCUAUGAGUGUGGCCCUUCUUGCAAGUGCCUUCCAUCUUGUCACAAUAGGGUCAGCCAACACGGCCUCAAGUUUCCACUGCAAAUCUUUAAGACUGAAGCAAGGGGUUGGGGACUGAGAUCCCUGAAAAAAAUUCCAUCUGGCAGCUUCGUCUGUGAGUAUGUAGGAGAGAUAUUGGAGGAUGAGGAGGCUCAGAAAAGGAGAAAUGAUGAAUAUCUUUUUGCUAUUGGGAACAACUAUUAUGACAAAUCCCUCUGGGAGGGUCUCUCAACUUCAAUACCUGCUCUUCAAAAGGGUGCUUCCUGUGAAACUGAUGAGCUAACUUAUGCAGAAGACUUGGUGCCUUUAUGAAAAAUUUUGUUCAACCUUAGUAAUGUUCUUUCUUCAAUGUGAUAAUUAGUACUUCUUGAACCAAAGACAGAGGUAAAUUUUCAUCAUUCAUAUUGUAUUUCUUCGGUCAAGACAACUGUAGCUAGUGUUACUUGACAGCGAUCGGUUCGCAUCUCAAUAGGUCUGCGGAUCUAUUUUCUUCUAUACGAAAAAUCGCCAUCCAAAUUGGACAAUGUUGGAAGGAGUAAACAACAGAUCAGUAAGUAAUGCUUUUGCUGCAAAAUUAGUCUGUAACUAUUCUUCUCUGAUUUGAUUUUUUCUUUAAAUAUUUACUUCAAAUGUGUUGUUCCUUAAGAGAUAUCAUAUAAAAUAAUCUGCUUUUGAUACCAGCUAAUAGAUUCUCUGAUGAUCCAUGUGUUUUCGUCCUUGUGUUUUCAAUUUCGAGGAAUAUCUUAGCAAAAUCGCAUUGGAUUCUCUGUAUAUGAAUCAGAAUCCUAACAGGUUUUUUACGAUCAAAGUCUCAACCUAAAAGGCAUUAGAGAAUCCAACCAUAUAAUUUUUGGUUCUCUGUUUGGAUGUGAGUCCAUUUCAAAACCAGACAAAACUUACCAACUGCUGAAUCGUCCAAAAUGCCCUUGCAAAACUAAGUUAAUAGAUGAACUAAAAUAAUAUUUGGAUAAUUCAUCUGGAAAUCAGUCUUUUCCCUUGGAUGGAAAUAUAACAUUGACCUUUUCAGACUGAUAUCCUUUUCAGUAUCUUCAAUGUAGGUUGUUGAAGAAGUUCUCAAUUGUGCAUACAACAUGUAACACACGUCCACGUGUUUACACAAAUGUAGUAAGUGUCCAAAUAUAUCCAAAUCUGAUUUUUAUUCAAUGAUAUAAUGGAUCCAAUCUUGGGAUAUAAACAUGAAUAUUUGGGUUCAAGUUGGAAUUACUAAUUUGCUUUUUACCUCCUUUGCUACACUUCAAUUUUUCCUCAAGGGAAUCAAUGUAACAUCUGUAACAUGGCAGUUGAUGCUGCUUCUUUAUUGCAUAAAUGCUGAAACCAAUGCUGGUGUGAUCUAAUUCUUAAUCAACUAUGCAAUGUUCAUGAUUUUGGACGAAAAGUGAAGGGGCUGGAUGGGCAAGUUCUUCUUUUUUAUCUUUUUUUUUUUUUGAGCAUGAAUGGGCAAUCCUCAAUGCAUAAAAAUUGGAUUUGCGUCUAGAAGAUAGAAGAUCAUGAUAAAAAACAGUCACUUUCUUCAUAGUUCUUAUAGAAUCAACUAACAAAUUUAUGAGGAUUUUUGCCCUUAUACAAAACAUACCAUAAAAAUACCAGACCAACUUUUUAAACUAACCUAGCUAUCAAUCUACACUACCAUCACCAAUUCUCUUUAAUGCCAAAUUGAGGGUUGUGGGCAUGUGACAAUGUCACGCCACCACAAGAGAGAAAAUACUCUAUAAGCAAACUCUAAAGAAAGAGUAUUUUAUUUUUCACAUCAAAACGAAGGAAUGCAUAUGAGUGCCUAGACUUCCUCACAAUUAUAGAAUUCAUGGGUAUGUCAUAGAUUCCUUCUAGGAUUCAUACACAUUGAAAACUUAUCAAAAUCUAUUGACCAAAGUCGAUUUCAUAGAGACUGGAUGCAUCAAGAAUCUCCAGCCCUCAACCAUUGUAGAUUAACGAAGGGAGCAUCUUUGACAUGACUCAAGGGCGUGAUGGGAUUGUGAUCAGAUCCUUAUUUGUCUCCCCCUACGCAUUCUUUAGACUUUACUUUCUAACCCUCAAAGAUCUUGUUAUGAUGAGUUGUUAGAGGGGAUGUUCACAGAUUGAAUAAGUUGCUUCAUCAAUCUUAAUUGUUUGAAGGAAUGCAAGUCUUCCAAUUGGUGUAAAGCUAUUUAUUUCUUACUGGAGCAAGUCCAAAGAAUUUGUAGUUACUCUAAGAGGCAGAGCUAGAAUUUUUGUGUUUUGUUGAUAGGAAGGGCAAGUGUCAUGAUUUUGUCAUAUUCAUUUUAUCAAGGAUGACUUCUUAGUUGGCGAAAUGAUUGGGGGUAGAAACCACACCAGUGAUUCUCUGAGCCAGUCUUGAUUGGGGGUACCUUCUUCUCUUCUUCCUUACCAGGAAUGCGCAAUUCUCUUCUUCUAGCCUUCACCUCCUGCCCGACCCACAAAAAGAACCCAGCUUCCAAUCACAUACGCAUAAGGGAAUUCCACCAUCCUUUCUUUAUAUUCAGCAUCUUUUGGACACAUCUUGGAAGAGAGUUGUCCACAAGGAUCGAAAUACUAACCGCUUUAUGAUCAUACACAUUAUGGUGCUAUAUAAAAAUAUAUUUUUAUUAUCUUGGGAGAGCUUUAUGGUUUUCUUUGAACUAAUAAGGAUUAAAAAUUUGAAUUAAAAGAUUUACUCCUUGAAGUUUAUUUUUAUUAAGCUAGAAGAAUAAAGGGCAUAGUUUAGGUCAGACAUUCUAUAUUCUAACUUGAAGCAUAGAUAUACACAAAAAUAAGGAGAUGAGAUUUGAAAAAUUAGAUUUAAAAAAACUUGACCAGGGAAGCACUCGCCUUCCUCAUCACUGUCUACAAGUCUAUAAGCUGGUGAUAGUGAGUCAACAAGAGGAAGAGAAUGAGGAUUGAACCAUUGAGGGCAGCCAACCACCCAAAAGAAGUUCCCGAGAGGAACCUUCAAGCCACGAGACCACAGAGAAAUAAAGUCGGGAUUUCAUCACUUUGUUGUGUUGAGUCCUUGAACUUUGAAAAAUUCAGGACUUUGAAAGGAGUCAAAAAUAAACACUUUUAAAAUUUCAACUCUAUGUAUCCAUGAAGAUAAAGAGGCUGUCAGGACUGAGCACCUUCCCAGAUUGAGAGAAAUUAGGUUAGAAGUUUCUGAUUUGUAUAGGACUUCUUUCAAAUGAUGCUUGUUAAGGGAAGUAGAAUUUUGGUUCAGCAGAUCAGAACAAGGCACUAUAAAUAUGAAAUUAGUUCCUAGAAGCUCGGGCUAUAUAUCCAAAACUAGUUCCUAGCAGAUUGGCUGUCUGGACUGAGUGCCUUCUCCGACUGAAAGAAAUUGGAUUAGAAGUUUUUGACUCGUACUGGAAUUUUAAAUGUGAAAUUUCAAAUGAUGAUUGUUAUAGUGUGGAGGAUCAGAGCAGUGCACUGUAUAUCUGAAACUAGUUUCUAGCAGAUUGGACUAUAUAUCAAAAAUAGUUCCUAGCACAUUGGAGGGGGGAGGAGAAUCGCUCAUGAGGCCUGGGAGGCCACAGGGUUUUGGCUAGUGGUGUACAGAGUUUCCCAGUGGUAGGGGGGCACAUCCAUGCAUGACCACUUUGUGCUCUCCAUGUCAUACCACACUAAAAUAACAUCCAGCAACAUUUUAUUUAUUCUUGAUCACGAGAAGAUUGUUAGCCUCAGCCAAGGACCAUUGGCACCAUUACUUGAUUUAUCUUGAAAAAACAUAAACAAGCAAAACUGUUCUUCCUCAAUUUCUUGGCAACCUUGUUCUAAACUUAGCACUUCCUGGUUCUUCAUAUGCUUAUAUACUUCUUUGUGCAUGAAGCAUGACAUCAGUAUGUUAGAUUAGUUGUUCCUUGAAACUCAUUGCAUUCUACCUUUCCUGAACCCAGUCUCGCAUUUUCUUUAUUACUGGUGGACCCUAGAUCCUCCAUUGGCUGUCCAACACCAUGAUGUUGUCUGGGUGAGUAUCAGAAACUAACAAAUCCUGAUUAGAACUUAUUUUAUCUGACUGCAAUCAGUACUUGGGUUCCAAUGAGUAGAGGUAUGGUAUUAGAUCCCAACUAAUUCUAACUCUAACUGCUUAGCCUGCACAGACUGACCACCUCAGGCGCGGCAACCCAAUGAAAUUUCCCAAGUAGCAGCUUUGCUGGAAGGAAUUGGAUACAAUACUAUAGAGCAUCAGAUGCCAGACACCAAUAGCACUUUAGUUUUCAUGUAAAAUCUUGAUCUGCUACUAAUUCUAGAUCUUCAACUCCAUGGCAAGCAUGUUGCUGUGGCAGAAUAAGUUGGUAUAGACUCUAUAUCAACGUUCACAAAAGUAAUGUUAUGUAGCUCAUACUAUACAACGUUUGAUUAUUGAAGUACUCUCCUUUGUUCUAAAAAUGGUUUUUUUUUUUCAUAUGCUCUGUAUUUAGGAUACCAUACCACUGUUUUACAGUUCUAAAAAAUUGGCUGUAUGUUUUGUGCAAGUAUUGGACAAGGCCAUGAUAGGUUGGAACUUAUGCUUCUGUUGUCAUUGUUCGAUACUUCAGAACUUUGGAAGGGAAUUAGUAUUAUGAUCGAUGAACAAAUACUUUUUUUCCAUUAACCUCACCUUCUAUCUUUUACUUUUCCAAUGAUAAAUAAAACCAGGAUAAAAACUGAGUUUCCUUUUUAAACAACUUAAGACUUGCACUCCACGGACAGCUUAUGGAAGCAGGAGUAAUGCUACUUACAUUCAAAGCCAGAACCUUGUGUUCAUGCUGAAUGCAAGAUAUGACCAUUUGCAUCCCCCUUACAUUGAGGAGUCAGUCCCUCAAAUAAAAUUAUCUGUUGCUCAGUAAGAUUUUCCCAAGCCCCUCUUCAUGUAACACAACCCUAUAUUGUCAUACCAGUUUAAGCUUGUUUUAAGUUUCCCUGUUUUCAAUCUGUGUUUGCAUUUCAUAGUCUCCUAUUUGCAACUUAAGCAAAGUUCAUUCAUUUAGAUCAGUUUUCUUGCCCAUUUAUUUUGCUGAAAUGGUUAUCACCUUCAGUGAAUAAGUUAUGGUAGCCCUUUGGUUGGCCAUUUUGGAUGGAUCAAAACUUAGCAUUCCCAAUAUCCCCUUUCCCAAUAACUAUGAUGUGGGUGCAUCACUGACGCCAUGAAGAGCAUCUGAAGCAAAUUGAUCAUGCUUCAGGGCACAUGAUAUAGAAUAACAGCUUCCCAAAUUUGAUUUACUUCAUUCGGGCUGUGCGUCACAAAUUGCAUUGAUCCUAUGGAUUUUAUGCAUUUCGUAUUAUGCAAGAAUUAGGACAACUUCAGUUUAUGCACCGGUCAAACUGAUUGCUGAUGAGCACUCAUUGCAGCAGUCCCAAAAGAAAAAAUCUUCGAGGAUUGACCAAUCAGUUAGUAAUUUAUAUGACCUUGUGAUUUAGUAACAAUAUCUAUCUGACCAAUCAGUUAGUAAUUUAUAUGACCUUGUGAUUUAGUAACAAUAUUUAUUAUGAACUGGGUGUUCAAGCAAAGUAAUGACUAGAGUAAUUUAUCUGUAUCUUUGAUGACAAAGAUGUAACUUCUUACAGAGUAGCCAAUUUGAAACAUGAAGAGGAUGCUUCCAUGAUGAGAUUGUAGACAUACCAAACCUGCACUCCAAGCCUGUAUCUCUCAUGCAAAGAAAAACCUAGCUUUUUCUGUUUGGUUUUGCAUAUUAGUUGUCUGAUUUUACCAAAGACCAUCUGAGCCAUAAGCACGGUCAUCUGUUCGAAGACAUAAACUCUGGAUUCAUGAUUUUCGUGUUCUCUGAAAUAAAAAAAGGUUAUGGCUUUCAUGUAUGA